GCGGCAGCGGCGGCGAUGGCAAUUGAUCUAAUUAAUAAGACGCAUGUAACCCAGAUCAAAUCCUAGCUAGUUAGCAUUCUCAAGGAAAAAGCUUUAAGACCGGAAGAACCAAUCUCAAAAACCCUAAACACCGACAGCCAUACAUGGAGCUCAAACCAGGCCUGUCGGCUCUCGUCACAGGCGGUGGUAAUGGAAUUGGGAAAGCUCUCAGUUUGGCUUUUGCAAAGAAAGGCAUAUUCGUCACUGCUGUCGAUUUCUCCGAGGAGAAGGGAAAGGAAGUAGCAUCCCUUGUUGAAAAGGAGAAUGCAAAGUUUCAUUCAGAUUUUCCAUUUAAAUCUGCUCUAUUUAUCAAAUGCGAUUUCACAGACGCAGCUAGAAAACUGUCGCAUGCUUUUAAAAAGCAUUUCGAAACAUAUGGGGGACUGGAUAUCUGUGCUAAUAGUGCUGGUGUUACAACUCCCCUGCCUUUCCAUGAAGAUCAACUUGGUACUAGCACUAAUCCAUGGAGACAGACUAUCAAUGUGAAUCUCAUUGCUGCUAUUGACAGCACUCGCCUCGCGAUACAAACCAUGCGUGCUGCUCAAAAGCCUGGUGUUAUCAUAAAUUUGGGUUCUGCCUCUGGUCUUUAUCCAAUGUUCGGCGAUCCUAUCUACUCUGCAUCUAAAGGUGGUGUUAUCAUGUUCACUAGGUCACUUUCAUGUACAACUUCUAUGGCUGAGAUACUAGAAAUGACUUAACUUUCAAUCUGAUUGUUCUCUCCUGGGCACAGCAGGUGGAUGGUGGGGUCAUGUUAGGGAUCAGACAACUAACCCAAUAAGUGUUGUUAUGAGAAUGCAGACAAUUAACCCAACAAGUGUUGGUUUCGAGAAUGCAGUUAAUGCCCCCUGCUCCCAAUGUUGAUCCACUCCUCAAUCCUUGGGCUUUAGAGAAGGUUUAUUUAUAUAAUGCAUUUUCCAAUGAACUGCCUCAAAGUUAGUAGAGUUGUUCAUGCACUGAGUCACAAUUUCCGUAGUGCUACCAAAAUAGUGCGAACUCCCCUUUCGUUACCAAUCAAACCUGGGCAUG